UUCCGAUAAAGUUUUGAUAAAACAAAAUAAAAGUUUCAGUGAGGUUAUGUUUAAAUAAGAAAAAAUACUUUAAUGACAGAAAUUGUUACAGUCAAGAAUAAACAAUUGAGUUUUUAUAAAAUUUAAGUGAAUAAAUAAAUAAAAAGUUUUUUUCUCUAAAGAUUUGGCGGGAACACAAAAUCAUCCACAAUUCACCAUAUCCACAGUAUAUUUCCAUUACUUGAUACUUCCUAACCAUUGUCAUAAGUCUUAUACUAAAAUUUGUCGUGAUUCAAUCUAAUAAUUGAAAGAUCAGUGAAUACUCAAGAAAUAAAAAAAAAUGUUUGAAGAUUUAGAGGAAAAAGACAACCAUAUGUCAUUAUCUGAGAAUGAAGAUCAAAAUUCUGAUGCAAGUGAGAGAAAAUCAAACGAUGAAAACGAAAAAGGUGAUGAUGAUGAAGAAACUCGCCGAAAAGUUGUUCCAAAAGGUACUACAAAACGAAUCAUUCGUAACCCUCAGCCAAAAUUGAAUGCCCAACGACUAAUUGGACCUAAAGGUAUUCACACUAUAGAAAAUUAUUUUGAAAGUUUCAAAUUUUAUGGAAAAGGGCAUGAGAAGAAGGAUUUAGAUCGAAUCAUGAAGCGAUUGGAACAUUGGGCUCACAGGUUAUUUCCAAAAUAUCAGUUUGAUGAUUUUUUAGAAAAGGCUGAAACAGUUGGAUCCAAAAAAGAGCUUUCAACAUUUCUUAAAAAAUAUAGAAGAGACAUGGAUCUUGGUGAUGGUAGCACAGCAGCUAAUGAUGAUGAUGAUGACAAUGUCGAGAGAGGAAACUCUCCAGAGCCUAUGGAUGAAUUUGAUAUGCUUAUUGCCGAGCAGAUUGAAAAAUCCAAGCAAGCUACUAAUUCUCGAGCUCAAGCUGUUCAACGACAUAAUGAUGAAAUUUUCAACAAUCUUGUAAAUUCUAGCAGUCAAUCAUUAAAUCAAACCAUUUCCGGUAGUCAAGCGGCAAGUGCAGAGAAGAUUAAUAAUCAAGAAAAUACAUCAUGUACAGCCAGCUCUUCGAAUGAAAUUAACAAAACGAAUGUUGAGGAAUCUGAAGAAGAGAUUAAGAAAAGAAUUGAAAGAAACAGACAAAUGGCUAUUGAAAGACGACUUGCAAGAUUGAAGAGAGAUGAAGAAAAUAAAAGGAAAAAAGAAGCAGAAUCUCAAGUAAAUGUUGAGUCAUCGCAGAUUCCAACUGAUGAAUUAUUACAAACACAAUCACAGUCUGCGAAUGUUAGAAAUGAAAUUCAAGUUACCGUAACUAUUGAACACAAUUCUAAUUCUAUGCUUGUUGAUAAUUUUAAUACUCAAUCAAUAGAGGAUAAACAAGAAACUGAUAAGAAUAUUGACAAUGAAAAUUCUAAUUCCAUGGUUGUUGAUGUUUCUAAAGAAUUUAUUGAUAACAUUCCAAUAACUCAAUCAAGAAAUGUGCAAAACAUGUCGAGUAUUGAUGAAAACAACGUUGAUAAUCAGGAAGAUUUUCAAAUUGAUCGAAAUCAAGCAGUCACAGUCGAAAAAGUGCAUAAGAAUGAAAAUAAUCCAAAACUUCUCACUGAUGAAGAACUCGACAAGGAAAUAGACGAUGCAGUUAAUCAGUUCAUUAUGCAAAAACGUAGACUAAUGAAAUAACUGUUUAAUUAUUCAUUAUUGUAAUAACUGAAAAUAUUGUUUUUUUAGAAAUUGUAUGAACAUUGAAACUUUUUUAUCUAAUCUUAUUUUUUAAUAAAUCAAGUUUUUUAUAACAACA